CGACGCACCGCCAGCGGGAAAAAAAAGGACGACCCACCGCACGCCCGCUCGACUGCUCCGCCGCCGGAGCUCCGCCCUUCCGCCGGCCGGCCGUCCUCCGCCCCCUUGCAGUUCCUCCACCGAGCGAGCCGGCCCCUUCAGUCCCUCUCUUCCGCGGGGCCCCGUCGCGCCCAUUCUUCUCCUCGCCGCGCCGCCGUCCGCUCGACCCCAGCUCAUCCCGUCCGCGAAGGAGACAGGCAGCAGCAGCGGCCCGAAUCGAGGGAGGGAGGAUCCUCUCAGAAAAGAUGGGGCAUUUUGGCUGCAGCAGAGAAAAUAUGGAGCAUUUUAUCAGUUAGCCUUGUUCCAGCGCUGUCCAUACCUGGUACGUUUUCUGCACCAAGAGGUCGUCAGAGCUGCUGCAGCAACGUAAAUCCGGCGGCCGAACUCGGUGGGGAUCCAUGGCGUGGAUCUGGAUGCUCUCGGUGGCUGGAGCCGUCCUCCUGUGGGCGGUUUCCCUCGGGCGGAUCCUCUCCUCCCCGACGCCCUACUCCCUGCCUCCAAACCCUCGCUUCCUGCCCCCUCUUGGCGACAGGAGGAGCAGGAACGUGCUCCUGGUGCUCGCCCACCCCGAUGACGAGUCCAUGUUUUUCACUCCAACUAUUCUUUUCCUCAAGUCAAAAGGUCACAGCAUUCAUGUUUUGUGCAUGUCUCUGGGCAAUGCUGAUGGUCUUGGAGAUACUCGUCAAGAAGAACUGUACAAUGCAUGUGCGGCUCUUAAGAUUCCAGCUGAGCAAGUUGCAGUCUUGGACCAUCAAAAGUUGCAGGAUGGGUUUCAUGAGAAAUGGGAUCAUGGACUAUUAGCCGAACUUACCAUGGAGCAGAUCCAACUGUGGGAUAUCGACACAAUUGUGACGUUUGAUAUCUAUGGAGUAUCAGGCCAUCCGAAUCAUCGUGAUGUUCAUCAUGGCAUAUGCAAGCUUCUUCAUGAGAAUCAGCGAGGAAAUAUUGAAGCAUGGGAACUUGUAAGCCUGAAUAUGUUCCGCAAAUACAGUGGUGCAGUUGACAUUUGGUUGUCAUCUUUGAUCUCCUCAAGUUCAAAGCAACUGAUGUAUUGUCUAGUUAACUGUAACCCAUCCAGAACCUUUGAGGCAAUGGCUGCACACAGAAGUCAGUGGGUUUGGUUCAGAAGAUUGUUUGUUAGGCUCUCAAGUUACACAUAUGUAAACAUGCUCCGGAAAAUUUAGCAUUUGAUACUGAGAAGUACCGUCUUGUCGAUCUAGAUUGUAAAUGUGCCUGAUGGCUCACUUUACAAAAGCUUCCUAUGAUCAAUGCCAGCAGUUUACGGAUCAUAUCCUUUACUGCAUAAGGAGAGUUAGUACAAUGAUGCUGAAACUUAUAACCUCAAGUGAUAGUUCUUGCUAAAAGUCUUAUUCAGCAAGGGUAGUUGAUUAUGUUUUUUUUA